GACAUGCAGUAUGCAGUGCAGUGUAUGUUUUAUAUUUUGUAGUAUGUGAUAGUUAUACAUGGUAUAUUUAUUCUUCACAUUUCUUUGUUUCGAUUUCAGUUUGGCUAUUGUAUAUUGUUAAAAUUUUUUAAAAAAAGGGACGUGUUAAAAGUAUCCUAAAUAAUAAAACAUGUCAAGAUUAGACAAUAUCGACGCCUUAGAUAGGCAAUUGGCUGACUUACAAAUGAGUAAAGACAACCAUACACCCGGAAAAGUAAAGAAGGUACCACCAGCUGUGCCGCCAAAAAAGAAGGCGCAACCACAAGUUCCUCACAGUGCCGUAGUGAAUACAUUACGUGAACCAUCUUAUUCCACAAAAAUUUCACCUGUUUUAAAUAAUAAUGCCUCAACAUACAGUAACAUAUUUUCCUCUAACGUGAGGCCGCCGAAUAAAGAUUACGCAAACGUGAAUCAUCAACCCAAUCUACAAUCUCCUUACAAGGCAACUGCACAAGUAAAAAGCAACAUUCCCACUUAUAGUAAUGUCCCUGGAUAUACAAGCAGUCUGAACAAACCACUGCCUCCCCCUCCGCCGCCACUACCUCCGCAACAUUUAACAAAGCCUAUUUUGUAUACAACACCAGCUUUUGAGAAUAACACUGAAGAGUAUUUACCUCCACCAUCUCCAGUGAGUUCUAACUACAGUGAGUUAAUGAGAGCAACAGCUAAUCUUAAUUAUAACCAGGAGAGACCUUCUUAUCCUCCUAUAUAUCAAAAUGAAUAUCCAGAAUAUGGAGUGUCCCAGGCUUCUACUUAUGAAUCACUAUAUGAGCCUAUUAAUCUUCACACUCAAGGAAAUGGUCAAGGAAGAACCAGUAAUAUGCCAAUAUCCAAAACUAAGUCACCUUUACCUAAAGAAGAAGAAGUUGAUGCACUGACUAAUCUCCUUGUACAAUCUAUUUCUGAUAGUCAAGAUUUGGAUAUAUUUGGUAUAUGCAUAAAAUGUGAUGAGAAAGUGGUUGGUGAAAGUUCGGGAUGUACAGCAAUGGGGAAUAUGUAUCAUGUGAAGUGCUUUUGUUGUCACCAAUGCAACACUAAUUUACAAGGAAAGCCAUUUUAUGCUGUUGAAGGGAAGCCAUACUGUGAAGCAGAUUACUAUGAGACCUUGGAGAAAUGUUCUGUUUGCAAUAAGCCAAUUCUUGAUAGAAUUCUAAGAGCUACGGGGAAACCGUACCAUCCCACAUGUUUCACAUGUGUGGUGUGUGGUAAAAGCCUUGAUGGAAUACCAUUUACAGUUGAUGCCACCAAUCAGAUCCAUUGCAUUGAAGAUUUCCAACUGAAGUUUGCUCCUCGUUGCUGUGUUUGUGAAUUACCAAUCAUGCCAGAAGAGGGAGAGGAGGAGACUGUAAGAGUUGUUGCAUUAGAUCGCAGUUUCCAUGUUCGUUGCUACCGAUGUGAAGACUGCGGUCUUAUGUUGUCUUCUGAAGCUAAGGGCCAUGGCUGCUAUCCUCUUGAUGGGCACAUUCUAUGCAAAACAUGCAAUGCUCAUCGGAUUCGUCAUCUUACUAAAGUAAUGACUACUGAUCUUUAAAUGCAUAAUAUAAUUAGAUUUUAAUUACUUAUGACAUUUACAGAUAAGAAGGCACUAUACGCUAAUGUCUUGGAUGACUAAUUAUUCUUGGGGAAGAUUUUCUUUUUCAUAUUUAUCAUUAUAUGCAUAUUAUUCACUUUGUAGCGUAAGAAAUAUUUAUUUACAAGUAACGAUAUACUUAAUGCUUUGCUUAUAUAAAGUAUAGAUUUAUACAUAAGAAAUUAUUUUUUGAGAUAUUUACAUUAUAUACAAAUUUAGUAUUGAAUCAAGCCAUAUUAAUAAAAAAAUACUACUGUGAAGACAACUGUUCCUAUAAGGUAACUUGGCAAUUUAGCUUUUCGAGUUUUUGAAAGACUGAGAUAACAUGAAAAGCAUAAAUCAACUAUUCAUAUCCCAAAAUGGCAACUAAAAUAUGUGAUUAAUUUACAAAAAAUGUUUAAAUGCAUUAUGAAUGCUAUAGUUUAAGAGCCUUACAUAUGUCUAUGUAUAAAAAAAACAAGGCUGUUGUGUUAAUUUAUUAUUUAAAUAAAUAUU